ACAUGCGUGGGUUUCCUGUAGCCAGCAGCGGCAGCAGCAGAAGAUGCUUGGACCAAAAACCAAGAGCCAUUUUCAUUGAAGAAAAAAAAAGGAAAGAUCAGUGGUAGAGGGCUUACAGAGCGGGUGUCCUUGUUAACACUCUCGUCUGCUCGUUUCGUCUUAUUUCACCGAGUCAUCUCUAUCUUUGGCUUCUUUUCAAUUCGCAGCAAAAACCGGUUUGGUCCACAUUCAUUGAUUGAAAACAGGAAUGAGUAUAGAAAUCCCCGAAGGACUGACGGAGCUGUUACAAAGCUUUACCGUGGAAGUGCUGAGGAACCAGCCCAGGGACUUGCUCGAGUUUGCGCUGCAGUAUUUCACCCAGCUGAAGGAAAGAGAGACCAAAGAGGCCUCGUUUGGCAAUGACCAAAACUCGGCCCCGAGACCUGGAAAAGCGGUCAAUUUCAUUGACGAAGCCAUGCAGAUCGAUUCAGAAAACGGGGAGUCGGACGACGACGAUGACGAGGAAUUCAUAGGUAUGCCUGUAGAUGUACUGUUAAUCUGAAAAGGAUGUGAAUUUUGAGCAUGCUGUCUCCGUGGGCUUCACUGGUGGAGAAAAGGGGAAUCAGUGGGUGCAGCGAUGCUUCAGCGCGCGCCACCUUGCAUCCACCAUGUCUCUGUCAUUGACCAAAUAUGGUCACUGUGGAUGAGUGAGGGUUCGUAAACGCGUCCUAGUCUUCACCCUCGUUUUGUGGAAAACAGCGAUAAAGCACAGCAACAGCAGGAGAAGGAGUGUUGUGUAUGCAUCAUGAAGUCAAUGCCUUAUUUUCAGUGUCAGGUGCAGGCCUGCUGGGCCCAAAAUCAUCAUCUAUCAAAAAUAUAACUAAGCAGACAGAUUUUUGUCAUGUUUCCAGAUAAGAGCAAUGGUUUUCACCGUUUUAAACUGUGCUCAUAUAGAACACAAUGGCUGGUGCAGUAUUACCAUCAGGUGCAGCAAGUAGCAUAGCAACCAGAGCUCUGACACAGCAUCCCAAUGAGUGCUGGGCUCUGAGAUGCUUGUACUGGCACAAGAGCACCAUUAUACUUUAUCUGUACAGUAUUGAGGGGAGAGAGUUGAGCCAAAGGGUAAGUUGAGUCACCCCCUGUUGAUUAGAAAUGGUUAAAGAAAUUGAUCAUGUGACCAAAUAUUUAGGAGCAUCAAUUCAUGGAGUCUGUGACUUCUAAGUUUUAUUAGAAUUGUGUUCAGACCAAAAAAAGAUCAUUUUAAAUCUGUUUUAUACAUCAGUUGAGGUAUCUAUGAGCUACAACAUGAGGUCAAAAACCUAGAAUAAAGUCCACCAUUUUAGCUUAGAGGACUAAUAAAGUCAUAAUAGUAGUUCUGGGGUAAGUUGAGCCAGUGGAUCAACUGAGAAAGUAAAGGAGUCUGAUGAGAGGAUCAGAGUUUCAGUUCGGAUUGUUGAAAUGUGUUUCUUUUCAAAAAUACAGCUGUGAAUGUUCUGAAUCACUAAAAGGCAUUCUCAUGGUAAAAUGGCUUUUUACAAAACAGAUUUUUAACAGUUAUAUGCAAUAAUAAUAAUAAAAAUGAAUUAUUGUACCAGUUGAAUAGCGUAUAAUAAAUAAAAAUACACGUGAAUGUGAAGAAGUGGCUGUUAUUUAGGGAGAGAGAAGGUGAGGGAGGGCUGGAGUGGAGAGUGGGGGGUAGUAGGGAUACGACUCAACUUACCACUUUUUUUGGCAUGCUAUAUUAUCAAGACAGUUAUGUUUACACUCAUCUUUUUGGUUUGCAGGGAUGCACAACAUCUUGAAAUACAUGCAGAUACACUAGUUAGAGACAAAACUAUGAUUGUCUUGAUGUAGUGAUCUUAAAUAUGAAAAAUGGCUCAUCUUACCCCACUCUCCCCUGUGUGUCACCAUCAAUGACAGAUUUUAAUUGAGCCUAAUCUGCUUAAAUGGCUGGUACUCUUGAUGUGGUCACGGUGAACCUCCUAUCUAAUGUUUGUUUCAUAACCAGCAAUUAUGUUGGCACAUGGCACUACUUUUUAACUCAUUUAAAUUUGGCACAAAGGGGCAAAUUCACUUCAAAGCAGCUGCACCUAUUCAGGCUUCAUUUACAUGAAUAUGGAGCAUAAAGCACACAUGGCUGGGUGCUAUACUACAACACUUUGGGCUCUAUUUUCGUUCGCGCCGGUGAGGCGGCGGAGGGCGGCGAGCCCCGCGCAGUUGUAUUUUCGUCUGGCGGAGCCCGGUGUAAGGCGAGUUUGGUAUUUUCGUGGACUGAGUCGCACGGAGGCGAGCCGAGAUCCGCCAAGCUGGGCGUGGUGGCGUGGCAGGGGGAGGUGUUGACAGAAUCAGCUGGCGCAGUGACAUUUUCGUGCUCGCCAUUGGCGUGUAACGUGCGCUGAAAGCUCGCCGAUUCAAACCUGGUCAGCUUUCAGCGCAAGGCGGAACGCAGCUGGUCCAGUAGUAUUUUGGUAGACCGGCGGCGUAUCGACAUACGUCACUGAUGCCUCACCGGCAGGUUUCCACAGUGUCAGGCAGAUUUCAGUGCAAUAAAUAAUGAUCAACAACUAUUAAUCUGAGUCAGCACAUACAUUUAGAUCUAUAUCGAUAUAUUCUGAUCUAUAUCUGAUCUGAUGAGCGCGUUUGGCACGCGUUUGGACACACAACCUGACCGAAUCAAUACAGCUGAAACUGCAUCAAAUUAAAUUAAAUAUCUAGUAAAUAAACGCACAUGAUGAAGUUAACAAGAUAUGUAAUGUGUCUCCCUCCUUUUCUUUCUUCCUCUUAUUUCUCGCACAGCUCGACCUGGACACGUCUCCGUGUCCUCUGUCCGUCUUCCUGCUGCUGCUGCGGCUGAACAGAUGAUUUGUUUCAGUGCUCAGAUGCGUGAUCUACUUUAAGCCGACAUACGGAUAUUAUAAUAUUCAGUUUUGUGAGCCAAAUUUAUUUUAUAUGCCAACAUCUAUGAAAGAAAGAGCCAGGCCACGGAGCGCGAUGCCUCAUUUACGCACAGAUGGUUCCGAUUUUAAUGCCUUUUUGGAGUUUAUGUUGUGAUCUGUGCACUCAACCCACCUUUGUCACGUGAGGUUUGAAUAUAUGCAACUUUAUGUGAGUGUCUUUAUUUGUGGAAAAGGGUGUUUGUCUUACCAGUGGGUCCAACAUUACGCACACCAAAUCCAUCUGUGCUCAGAUGAGAGAGUGUGGAGGACACUUGUUGAGCAGCUGCCCUCUGUCGCCAUCGUGUGGCAUAACUGUCUUCAGACAUCUCUUGAUCUCUUUGACUACUUCAUGAAAAUAGUAAUAAGCCUCGCCUGUGGCGGAUUUAAAGGCGAGGAGAGGAGCUAAUGUGAUUGGUGAAAACAGGUCUCGGCUGUGUUAAACCCCCUCUCCUCCCCGUCUAUGAUUUAUGCUGCCGGGAGGAGCUGAGUUAGGGAGGGGGGAUACUUACGCCGGGCUGCGCGGCUCACCAAAAUACCAAAAUGUGCUUGGGAACGCCUUGUCAGCGCGGCGGAUCUGAUUGACUCUGCGCUUGCGGCACGUCUCCGGCGAAGCACCAAAAUAGAGCCCUCUGUGUCUGUGCUGUCGAUGCAGAGGUGGGUUUUGUUUCAGAAAGAAAAACUUCUAUAGUGAUGAAAUGUAGCUGUUGAUACAUGUUUUGUAUUCUCUUGCAGCCCCGGUUAUAAACAGAUUCAUCAGAAGAGCAUCAGGUGAGUUAAGAAUCAGUUUGUCAAAUGAGAAAAGUUCCCCAAAGGUGCACACUUGUAUUAUUUUUCUACCUGUUUAUUCUCGCUGUCUCUGGGUUAUUGUAAUAGUGUUCAUUUACAUCAGUCUGUAAAACCACUCGUGUCUCAAGUCUGGUUUAUAAUGUCAGUGAGAGAUGUGGGCGGGUAGGUCAGGUCAAGCACUACUACUAAUAAAAACCUCCAUGAAAUAAUAGUACGGUUGAAGCCUCUCAUGAAUAACAGCUGUUUUAGGGCCAGUAUCUAUGAUUGGCAACCUGAAUGGAAAAUGUGGGUAAAUAAUCAGUGACACUUGAGAUAUUUUCAGACCUUUUAUCACCUCAAAUGGGAAAUGUAGGCCAACAUCCGCUAAAUAGGACACGACACUGGCAGUGGACUGAGGAAAGAGUACUUCUUUAUUAUCCAAACUAGACUGAAUUACGCAUUCAAACCAGGGUACGUACUGUAUAUAUAACUUAGUAUAUAUAACUAAGCAUAAAUCAUUAUAUCUUUGUAGAAUGGAGGUAAACUUUCCCAAAUGUUGAAUUAAACCCAAAGCAGGAUGUCUGCUGUCUUUUGGCUUUAAAAUCGAGGGUGGAUGUUUCAUUUAUGUUCUACUAUCAUCAUGGAAUUACCCUAAUGCGUCACACUACAAAAAAAAUAAAAAACUUUUUAAGAUUUUGAGAUUUUAAUAAAAAGAGUUUGCAUGAAAUGAAGCUGAACUAAGCCUGGGAUUUAGCUUUCAUAGUGGAUACACGUUUUCUGCUCUGUCACUGGUGUACAACACUUCAUUCUUUGGUUUUGGUGAAAAAUGUUCCUCUAGUAAUGUCUUUGUAAAAUUUGGUUGAAUUUGCUGUUGUGAUUGUACAGUUUGUUCAUUUUUGGAUCUCUGUAAUGCAGUGUGCGCUGAAGCGUUCAACCCUGAUGAAGAUGAGGAGGAAAAAGAGCCAUUGGUAAACCAGGUUUUAACGAACAAAGAUUCAAGAUUGACGUUGAGGUUCAUAUUUAAAAUCAGUAAAUUGUAUUUUACAAUGCUGUGAAUCCACUUGCAGAUCACCUACCCAAAAACUGAUGAGCAGAGACAGAGACUACAGGAGGCAUGUAGGGACAUUCUUCUGUUCAAGAAUCUGGAUCCUGUGAGUGAAUUUUUUAAAACUCGCUUCUUUCUACCUAGUCUGGUUUGUGUUCAGCUGUCUUUGAAAAUUCACAAAAGGAGCUCACAUCUUAAAGCCAGCGGCUUUCUUCUACAGUUCAGUGCUCUUUGCACAAUUCAAAAUAUGAUUAUUUUCCACUGGUUGGAUCAGCAGGCUGAGUUAAUUCUGCAUGGUUGUUCCGACAUGUAAAAUUUGAAUAUUUGAUGUUUUAUAACUCGACAGGAGGAGAUGUCUCAGGUGCUGGAUGCCAUGUUUGAGAAGUUCUGCACUGAAGGGGAGCACAUCAUUGACCAGGAUGAUGAUGGGGACAACUUUUAUGUCAUUGAAAGGUGAUUAUUUUUUCCCCUUUCACAUGAGUUACUCUGUAUCUCUAAAUGAUCAGAUCAUUGAUCGUCAAACAGUUUGUACACACCUUUAAAAACAUGCAAAUUCUCAUAAUCAUCCAUAACAUCAAUCUGUCCUGCUGACUAAAGAUUUCUUUUAUUUCUCAUUCAGUGGGACUUUUAACAUUUUCGUGAAGGUUGAAGGUUCAGAGAAGCUGGUAGGUUGCUAUGACAACCGAGGCAGUUUUGGAGAACUGGCGCUGAUGUACAACACCCCCAGGGCAGCCACAAUAAUUGCCACCUCACCUGGAGCUCUUUGGUGCCUAGUGAGUAAACCAUUAAAUCCCAUGUAAGAGCACAGUUGGCUCUGCGCUCGGGUUUUUAUGACAUGCUGUGAUGCCAGUGAUGACGACUUACUGUAAAUACAGCCAGGUUGUCUGCUCGAGUGUGGACCUGAUAUCAUUGGUUAGAUAAUAUUUACUAACUGAGAUAACAGUAUUUAUAACCUACUGGAUGAAAAAAACCAUUUUACUCCUGAGAAUGCGCAGAACAAAUGCAGAUGUAGAUAGAGAUAUUUGUAAACAAGAUACAAAAGGCACCUUUAGAUGCCCAUCUUUCAUACCGCAUAGCAGUCAGGUGUUACUUGUGUUCAGUCAGAACAGAGAUAGCUGAGAGAUGAAUCAGAAUAGCACUUGAGAGUACUCAAGAUGUCAUAUAUGAUACAAAAUGGGAGGGCUGCUGCUCAAACACAGUCUAGGAGGAAAUAUCUGAACUCUUGUAUGAAAAGUUGCAGGAAAAACUGUGUUGGAUGUUUAUUUUCUCCUCUGUGAAACAGCAUGUUUAUUAAAAACUCUGAGGUUUGUGUCCUCAAACUGUGGGUGACAGACUUGUUAUGUCGUCUGUGUUCAGACUGGACAGAUUGCAGCUGUAUCCCCUGUUGACCCCGGGAACAUGUAAGAUGUGUUUGAGUUUGUGAACAGGCAGCCGGUCCUCUUUAGCUAACAGUUGCUGCUGAAGGGCUUCUGAGAAAACAGCUGCCUAUAGAGCGAAGCUUUAAUUGGAGUCAGAUUUAGGAUUUAAGCUGUUUACAGUUGAGCCUAUGGCUCAGGUUGACUCUACUUACUUCAUAAUGAAGCUAAAUCUGCGCUUGCUUCGCUUGCUUGCCUGUUUCUUGAUGAGGAAACAUAUUUUCCAAGAUAAAGGUCACCUGAGACAGCGUGCAUUACAGUAUGUAACCAUCUACCACUGCAAGCUGUCAUCUUAUGUGAUGCUGAUGGUUAUUUCAGUCUAAUCUGCAUUCCAUUACAGAAAUAAAAACAGCUGAAAGAUAUGUCAAGAUUCAUGACUGCAAGCUACAGGGUGAUAUGUGCACAUGGGUGCUGCAUAAAGUAGUUGGACUUGAAACAGUUUGCUGGAGACUGUGAAUACUUUUAAUUCCAUCUUGUAUUUUAAAUCUUCUUGUAUUCUAUGUGUUGCAGUCAAAGUUCAAGAUGUUUCUUAAAACAGUAGGCUAACAAUAAAAUAGACUUUUUGUAGAACCCCAAAAAAAAUUAUCAUUUUCUUCCUGUGAGAGGAAAUGAUCUGGUAUGUCAAUGACAAUCGACUUGUACACAAAAAGUUGUUUGGGGUGCAGUUGUGUAUGCUCUCUUGCUAUGUGUGAUGGACAAAGCAUCACACACCCACUUUUGUCUCAAACACAUUGUUCAUCCUGAUAUCAGCAGGACACUUGGGAUAUCUUAGAUAUUCCCUGUUAGUAGCGAUAAGGUUAGCGAAAUGCUUGAACUUUGAAAACAUUCAUUUUAGUUAAUGACUGUUGUACCUGGCUGAGAAUAAAGCAAACUUGAUGAUCUGCUUCUGAAAAAGUGUUUUGGAAGUUCUUUUGAAUAAACCAUGUGGAUAAAAUGAUAGUUCGUUAACAAAAGCAGACUUAAUUUAAUCGGUUUUAUAAGAGCUGAUUUCAGACAAACACAACCCAGGCUGCAUCCUUCAGCUCUACCCAGUAGUGGGUGCUUAUGCUACACACAAGAUGUCAGUCUUAGUGUAACGCUAAGAAAAUAACAUUUUAGACAGUAUUAACAAAAUCAGAUUAGCAAAGGAUGAUGUUUAAUGGCGCACAACUGCAAGUGGUGGAAACUGGAAUUAUUAAUACAGAUAAUCAUGUCACUGGGAUGAAGAAAUUCACCAAUCCAGAUAAAGCUGUCAACAUCAUCAAUUUUUGAGCUAUGUAAAAAAAAAGAGAGAGAGAGAGAGAGAGAGAAAACAUUUAAUGAUAUUUAGUUUUAGCAACUUUUUGUUGACUCAAAUGUAUCUUAAUGUUGUUGUUUUUUUGAGGAGGAAGAGGAAUAACUUAACAAAAGAAUCUUUCACAUUUAUUGACAUUUUCAUCCAUUAAGAUGUAGAUAACCUUAUGCCCAGCUGUGUUGUUCUGUUUUAUCUGCUUCAGACAGUACUGUGUUGUAAAAUGAGAUACCGCUGUAUACUCUGUACUUAUGUAGUGACAAAUUUAUGACAGUUUAGAGAAAGUCUUCUUUUCUGCUUUUCUUUGCAGGAUCGUCUGACAUUCAGGAGGAUAAUUGUGAAAAACAAUGCCAAGAAGAGGAAGCUGUAUGAGGCGUUCAUUGAAACAUUACCACUGCUUACGUCAUUAGAGGUAAAUAUUAGCUUUAUCCUCCAGAAGAAAGUGCAGUUUGCGUUUACAAUAAAGUGGUUGUCACACAAAUAUCCUUUCAUCCACAGCUCUCAGAGAGGAUGAAGGUGGUGGACGUGCUAUCCACCAAGGUGUAUGGUGAUACACAACAGAUCAUUGCUCAGGUGACACAUUUUUUCCUACAUUUUCAUUUACCGUAAUGACAACAACUCAGUUUAUUAACAAACAACAUAUGGCUUUAUAUUACAGGGUGAUUUAGCAGAUUGCUUUUACAUUGUCGAGUCUGGCCAAGUUAGAAUCACCAUGAGGAGAAGCAGGGUAUGUUUGCCACAGUCCAAACCCCCCUUCUUCUUGUUUUUUAGUGCUUUUGGGUGUUUUCUGCGUCUUAGUAUGCUUUUCUUUCCUCUCAGACAAAAAAAGACCAGGAAGAGGAGGAGGUGUAUAUCGCCACAUGCUCUAGGGGCCAGUAUUUUGGGGAGUUGGCUCUAGUCACAAACAAGCCAAGAGCUGCAUCCGCUUAUGCUGUCGGGAGCGUCAAAUGCUUGGGUACAUUUUGUGAUUUCUAAAUUUUAUUUGUCUGGCUUGUAAAUUCCCUUGGCAGUCACAUUAUUUUAUGUAACUCUCUGAAACUCUCCUCUCAAAUGUGUCUGAUCCUCCUUUUUCUUUUUUCUCAGUCUUGGAUGUUAAAGCUUUUGAGAGACUGCUGGGCCCGUGUAUGGACAUCAUGAAGAGGAACAUUGCAAACUAUGAGGAACAGCUAGUGACCCUGUUUGGUAGUAGCACUGAGAUCGAGCAACAAAGUGCAUGAGGUGACCACAAUGGACCAUGAAUUGACAGAUGGCAACAAAUUUUGUCGUAUUCACUUUGACAGCUUUUCUUACAAGAAAUGUGAAUAUUCACUUCAGCAUUUGUGUGUCAGGUAAAUGGUUCAGAUGCUGUUACGAUACAGGUUCAUUUUAAGAGAGUUUGCCACAGUGUGAAAGGCCAAAACAGUUGCUUAAAGCUUGUCUGAAUUAGAUUUCUCACUACUAAAACCUUAUAAAUGUAAAUGUAAAUUUACUUGUCAUUUUCAAGUAUAUGAUUUGUUGGCCUGUUGAACACUUGUUUACACCAGUUUUCUCUGCAGUGUUAUUGCUACACCCACAGUAUCAAAUCGUUUGCACAUUUAUGAACAUUUUUCUGCCAAAAUCGGAUGCCAAAGCUAAUCUUUUUGCGAGAUAGUUAUGAGCAAAUGUGUCACAUUCUCUUGUCAUUGCUUGACAUGAGCUUUGACACAUGCAAUUUUGGAUGCGGUGAUCCAAUGCCCAAUCCUGAGAAAGUAUUAACAUUUUGAAAAGUGAGUCAACUGUGUUUGUACAACAUCUUGUACACUUUGAUCACAACAGAAUGUAGUGUUCGAACCUUUUUUUUGCCUAAUACACUUUUAUCAUCAGAUUCGACCCCUACAACACACAUUCAUAAUCCGUACAUCAUUACUGGUAAAUGUUUGUGGCAGUUAGCCUUCUGCUAUGCUUUUGCAAAAAAAAAAAAAAAAGAAAAGAAAUCAAAAAUAAACUCCAGAAAGUUGGUGAUAGUUUUGUAAAAAUUUACAACACAUUGCUGUAAAAUUUAAAACUUGGUAUUUAUUGUUAUUGUAUAGGCCCACCUUAUUCAAUAAGUUGCCUCCCUAGACUGUAGUCUUUAUGGGCAGUCCCAAGACAAAGUGCUUUUCUUGUGUUUUAAUGUAGGUUUUAAGUCAUACUGUUGUGUGUCAGUGAAACAUAUUAUGAUUUUGACAUCCAUAUUGCCUACCUCUGCCACCAACUUAUACUGUUUGGAAACACAUUAUGUUGCUUCCUUAACACACGAAUCUUAAGUGGGUCUUCUUUGCUCUUCUCUUCUCUCUCUCUCUCUCUCUCUCUGUUUAAAAUUAAUAGAGUAUUAUGUGUUUCAGUAAGCUGGAUAAAGCUGUUUGACAAUUAAAUGUUCUGGAUUUCCCCCACCUUUGUGCAAGGAUACCUGGUCACUUUUGAAGGCAAACACAAAACUGGCGGAAAGAACAGUAUGUUUCACUUUUCAUGUCAAUAAAGAACUUUUUUUUGUAUAUAUAUAUACUUGCGUGUGACAUUAUUGCUUAAAACAACCCAGGAAAGGCACGCCUUUAGAGCUCUUCAUUUAACAGUCAUUCAUUCUUCCUCUUAUGUAGUAUCUCGCCUUGUUGGUUCAUUGUUUUAGUAGGAUGUGAAGGCAAAGAGUAAAUAUAAAGGGAAGGAAAAUAAGACAGAACCGUAAAUGGGUCGUUUUUACUGUAGUUAAAACAUUGUUGAUAAAAAAAUAACCAUGUAUUCUUCCUGUUAUUGCCAAUCAGCUGUUACAGGGUAGGAACAGGCAUGUAGUUUCAUCCAAAGAUGUAAUGAUCGACAAACUUAAAGCAAGCAUACCUGGUCACUUUUAAAGGCAAACACAAAACUGGCGGAAAGAACAGUAUGUUUCACUUUUCAUGUCAAUAAAGAACUUUUUUUUGUAUAU